UUUUAAACAGUCGGAAAGCGUCUGGCCUCGUGAUAAGUGGUCUGAUAAACGUCUAGGUGGCGCGAGCGAGAUCAAUUGGACUAAACUUCAGUUGAACUGUACAUAUUACAGUUUAUAAUGGAUCUAGUUGCAUUGUGGUUAUUCACAGUAGUAUUUGGAUAUUGGAUUUUUAAAAAAAUAAAAGAAUGGCAAUAUUUACCUCCAGGACCUUGGGGUCUACCUAUAUUGGGAUACCUACCGUUUAUAGAUCGGUACCAUCCCCAUUUAACUUUAGCAAAGUUAUCCAAACAAUAUGGUCCAAUCUAUGGUAUUAGCAUGGGCAGUGUUUAUGGAGUGGUGUUAUCAGAUCAUAAGUUGGUAAGAGAUGCCUUCGCCAAAGAAAAUUUUUCUGGUCGUGCUCCUCUGUACUUGACGCACGGGAUCAUGCAAGGGAAUGGUAUAAUAUGCGCUGAGGGUGGACUGUGGAAGGAUCAAAGAAAAUUAAUUACAACAUGGCUCAAAAGUUUCGGAAUGAGCAAGCACGGCGUGACUCGUGAAAAGCUGGAAAAGAGAAUCGCUUCUGGUGUUUUUGAACUACUCGAGAAUGUUGAAAAAUUAUCCGGAUCACCAAUGGACCUUCCUCAUAUGCUCACAAACUCAUUGGGAAAUGUUGUGAACGAAAUCAUAUUUGGAUACAAAUUUCCUCCUGACGACAAAACUUGGAAUUGGUGCCGUCAGAUUCAAGAAGAAGGAUGUCAUGAAAUGGGUGUAGCCGGUGUCGUCAACUUUUUACCUUUUGUACGAUUUUUUUCGUCGUCAACUCAGAAGACUAUAAAAAUUAUUGUGCGCGGGCAAGCUCAGACGCAUAGACUUUAUGCCAGUAUUAUAGCAAGGCGACGCAAAAUGCUAGGAUUAGAGAUCCCCGAGGGCGCUGAGUAUCCCCUUCAUCGUCAUAUAUUUGACGAACAUCCCAAUGGAUACAUCAAAUGUAUCAAAUACAGCAAACAUGCGUCUGACACUGAAGAACAUUUCUUUGACCCAAAUAUUCUUAUAGAAACCGAUGGAGAAUGCAUUUUGGAUAAUUUCCUAAAGGAGCAGAAAAGGAGGUUUGAAAAUGGUGAAGAAUCUGCACGUUACGCAACAGACGAACAAUUGCUAUUUCUUUUGGCCGAUAUGUUUGGUGCAGGGCUAGACACUACAUCUGUUACUCUAGCGUGGUUUUUGCUUUAUAUGUCUCUAUAUCCAGAAGAACAGGAAAUAAUCCGUAAAGAAAUUUUAUCUAAUUGUCCAGAAGAGGGAGCAGAAGUGGAUAUAUCUAGAUUGCCUUAUCUUAUGGCAACUAUCUGUGAAACUCAGAGGAUCAGGUCUAUCGUACCUGUUGGCAUUCCACAUGGCUGUGUUGAGGAAACAUUUUUGGGGAAUUAUAAAAUUCCUAAAGGAGCCAUGGUAAUACCAUUACAAUGGGCUAUGCAUAUGGACCCUGACGUUUGGGAAAACCCUGAGGAGUUUCGACCAAGUCGUUUCAUCGCGCCUGACGGAAGUUUAUUAAAACCACAAGAAUUUAUACCCUUUCAGACAGGUAAACGUAUGUGUCCAGGAGAUGAAUUGUCUCGUAUGCUGUCAUGUGGGCUGGUGACCAGGUUAUUCAGACGCAAGCGCGUGAGACUAGCUUCCAAGCCUCCAACUCCUGAGGAGAUGAAAGGCAAUGUGGGAGUUACUUUAACUCCCCCCACAGUCCAAUAUUAUUGUGACAAUGUCUAAUGUGUAAUUUUUUUAAAUAUACUUUAUUUUAGAAAUAUUAACGGAGAACAUUAUUCAACGUACAUACUUACUGUUGUAUAAAAAUAAAAUGAUUAUGAAUAUUUUUAUUUUAUAAGAAGUAACAUUACUGAUAACAAUAUAUUUAUUUUAUCCUUAUGUGAAGAUCUUUAAUCAGUGCUUGUAGCAUUUCGUUUUUAUAUGAAUAUAAUAAUAGACUUUAUUUUUCUCUAUUAUAUAUACAAUUAGGUAUUUAAACUGUACCUCCAACUUCGUCUGAAUGGAAUAUUUGCUUGACCCCAUCGCUGUAAUCUUGUAUUUUUAAUAACGUAAUAAAUAGAUAAACAAACAAAUAAGGGCUUUCAACAUCUUUAAUAAGUAUAUAUACGCAGUAUAUAAUUUUAUGUACAACAGAACUAAGAUUCAAAUGCUAUAAAAUUUCUUAG